CCCAGGGCGCGCCCCCCACUCGCGGCAGCAGCUGCCGGGACUCGCUCGUGGGUGUGUUGUUUGGAGGCUUCUGCCUCGGCGCCGCGGGUGCCACCUCCCGGGACGCUGCCCAGGCGUCCCAGGUCGCGAUCAAACAAAUAAUAGAAGUCUGUUGAAGCUUUGUCCUGACCUAUUCUGGAAGUAGAAGAAUACCUUGGAGAAAGGAGCAUUGUAAGCACAAAGAAUAAGACUCCUCAAUCCUGGGAGAGAAAAUUAAAGUCUGACCCUCCAAAUGGUUAUUCUAAUGUGAUGCUGGGAUUGAGUUUACCUAGGACUCCAUAUCAAGGUUGACUCGAAAGUCUUGUGGAAGAUCUGGGAGAAAUUCGUAUUAAGUCAUGAUGCAGGAAUCUGCGACAGAGACAAUAAGCAACAGUUCAAUGAAUCAAAAUGGAAUGAGCACUCUGAGCAGCCAAUUAGAUGCUGGCAGCCGAGAUGGAAGAUCAAGUGGUGACACCAGCUCAGAAGUAAGCACAGUAGAGCUGCUGCAUCUGCAACAACAGCAGGCUCUCCAAGCAGCAAGACAACUUCUCUUACAGCAGCAAACAAGUGGAUUGAAGUCUCCUAAGAGCAGUGAUAAACAGAGACCACUGCAGGUACCCGUGUCGGUGGCCAUGAUGACGCCCCAGGUGAUCACCCCUCAGCAAAUGCAGCAGAUUCUUCAGCAGCAAGUGCUGUCUCCUCAGCAGCUCCAAGCCCUUCUCCAGCAGCAGCAGGCUGUCAUGCUGCAGCAGUCAAAAUGGUUUAUUCAGCAACAACUACAAGAGUUUUACAAGAAACAGCAAGAGCAGUUACAUCUUCAGCUUUUGCAGCAGCAGCAGCAGCAACAGCAGCAGCAGCAGCAGCAGCAGCAGCAACAGCAGCAGCAGCAGCAGCAGCAGCAACAGCAGCCGCAGCCCCAGCAGCCGCCGCCGCCGCCGCCGCAUGCCGGCAAGCAGGCAAAAGAGCAGCAGCAGCAGCAGCAGUUGGCCGCCCAGCAGCUUGUCUUCCAGCAGCAGCUCCUCCAGAUGCAACAACUCCAGCAGCAGCAGCAUCUGCUCAGCCUUCAGCGUCAGGGACUCAUCUCCAUCCCGCCCGGCCAGGCGGCACUUCCUGUCCAGUCGCUGCCUCAAGCUGGCUUAAGUCCUGCUGAGAUUCAGCAGUUAUGGAAAGAAGUGACUGGAGUUCACAGUAUGGAAGACAAUGGCAUUAAACAUGGAGGGCUAGACCUCACUACUAACAAUUCCUCCUCGACUACCUCCUCCACCACUUCCAAAGCAUCACCACCAAUAACCCAUCAUUCCAUAGUGAAUGGACAGUCUUCAGUCCUAAGUGCAAGGCGGGACAGCUCGUCGCACGAGGAGACUGGGGCUUCUCACACUCUGUACGGCCAUGGAGUUUGCAAAUGGCCAGGCUGUGAAAGCAUUUGUGAAGAUUUUGGACAGUUUUUAAAGCACCUUAACAAUGAACACGCGCUGGAUGACCGGAGCACGGCCCAGUGUCGAGUGCAAAUGCAGGUGGUCCAACAACUAGAAAUACAGCUUUCUAAAGAACGCGAACGUCUUCAAGCAAUGAUGACCCACUUGCACAUGCGACCCUCAGAGCCCAAACCAUCUCCCAAACCUCUAAAUCUGGUGUCUAGUGUCACCAUGUCGAAGAACAUGUUGGAGACAUCCCCACAGAGCUUACCUCAAACCCCUACCACACCAACGGCCCCAGUCACCCCGAUUACCCAGGGACCCUCAGUAAUCACCCCAGCCAGUGUGCCCAAUGUGGGAGCCAUACGAAGGCGACAUUCAGACAAAUACAACAUUCCCAUGUCAUCAGAGAUUGCCCCAAACUACGAAUUUUAUAAAAAUGCAGAUGUCAGACCUCCAUUUACUUAUGCAACUCUCAUAAGGCAGGCUAUCAUGGAGUCAUCUGACAGGCAGUUAACACUUAAUGAAAUUUACAGCUGGUUUACACGGACAUUUGCUUACUUCAGGCGUAAUGCAGCAACUUGGAAGAAUGCAGUACGUCAUAAUCUUAGCCUGCACAAGUGUUUUGUUCGAGUAGAAAAUGUUAAAGGAGCAGUAUGGACUGUGGACGAAGUAGAAUACCAGAAGCGAAGGUCACAAAAGAUAACAGGAAGCCCAACCUUAGUAAAAAAUAUACCUACCAGUUUAGGCUAUGGAGCAGCUCUUAAUGCCAGUUUGCAGGCUGCCUUGGCAGAGAGCAGUUUACCUUUGCUUAGUAACCCGGGACUGAUCAAUAACGCGUCCAGUGGCCUGCUGCAGGCUGUCCACGAAGACCUCAAUGGCUCCCUGGACCACAUCGACAGCAACGGGAACAGUAGUCCGGGCUGCUCGCCGCAGCCGCACAUACAUUCGAUCCAUGUCAAGGAAGAGCCAGUGAUUGCGGAGGAUGAAGACUGCCCAAUGUCCUUAGUGACAACAGCUAAUCACAGUCCAGAAUUAGAAGAUGACAGAGAGAUUGAAGAAGAGCCUUUAUCUGAAGAUCUGGAAUGAGAACUGACUUGUGAAACCUCAGCGUGAAGGGACAUAUCACUGACCUUCAUAACCACUCCACAACCAUGAAUAUUUGACAAAUUUUUACUGUGACUAUUUAUUAAGCAUGGAUAAAGGAGACAGCCCUAAAGGAACUUAUUAAGCCAGCCCUUUGGGAUUCAGUACCAACAGGCAAAUUGCUUGUUUUCUUCCUUUCCUCUCCCUCUCUCUUUCUCUCUCUCUCUCUUUUUUUUUUUUAGAAAAA